UAUCCAGCUCAAGUGUGUGGAAUUAUGAAUGAAUCAGAGAGCGUCAAACGCCUGAGAAUAGCCGUCCAUCCGGACUUCAGCUUCAAAGCUGGACAGUGGGUAGAUUUCUUCAUCCCUGGUGUGGAGAAAGUGGGAGGGUUCUCGAUGUGCUCCAGUCCGGGUUUGCUGCAGAGGGAAGGUAUCAUUGAACUGGCUGUGAAGUACUCCACAUAUCCCCCAGCACACUGGAUCCACACCACGCAGUGUACGGUGGGUUCGCAUGUCGCAAUGCGUGUUGGCGGCGACUUCUUCUUCGACCCGUCACCGUCUGACCCAUCGGUGGAUUUGCUGCUGGUAGCCGGCGGCGUGGGGAUCAACCCGUUAUACUCAAUUCUGUUGCACACAGCGGACCUGCUGGACCUUAACCACGCCUCUGCCAGGCUGGACUACAAGAUAGGCUCCACCCACCUGUUCUACAGUGCCAAGAACACCCAGGAACUGCUCUUUAAGACUUCCAUCAUGGAAAUGUGUCGGAAAUUCCCUGGCAGGUUUUCAUGUAACGUCCACGUUACUCAGCAGACCUCAGCUGUCGACCCGCACCUCCAGCCAUCGGUCAACCGUGGCAGGAUCACAGAAGCAGAGUUGAGUGCUCGUGUGGACCCACAAAGGACUUUGUGUUACCUGUGUGGACCUCCACCCAUGAUCGAAGCGGUUUCCAAAGCCCUCACAGAUCUGGGGCUUCCGAAAGACAGGAUCCUCUUUGAGAAGUGGUGGUAGAACCUCCUAUGGUCCUCUGAAGCCCAGAGGGUUGUCUCCAGGCACUGACUACUUUUUGUGGUCUUCCAGUGGUGGAUUUAAUCUGCUGCUGUAACCUGUGCCUGAUCUUUGACAGACCACCGAGAGUCAAGGUUGCCAGACAGUUUUAACUCUUUAAAAAUACUGAAGUGACUGAGCAAACCUUUAAUCAUCUGACUGAAUAUUGCAACACAAAUGCAUCCUGCACCCAUGCAAUGUAAAGUCAACUCUCUCAAGACCUCAAUUUGCUUUCAUUUAAAUUCCUAAUUGGACGUCUGAUUCUUGCUUUAAUCUCAUAAGUGUUGAUUUGAAUGUUUCAUCAGAUAUGCAGCCAGUUGGUCAAACUGUGCAAACACUUUUGUGUUGGACAUCUGAAGUAUCUCGGAUUUGAAGAUGUUACAUCGUGUAUGUACAGUACACUUGAGAUCAGUUUAUUUUCAGCACUUGCGGUUUUUGGUUGGUUGGACAACCAGUGCGAGCGUGAUACACUGGAGACUUUGUUUAUGCGGAUCUUGCACAAACUUUACACUUGUGUGUAUUUUUAGAGUCCAAAGCGUCCCCCUUUCCCCACGUCUUGGCUGGUGUCCCAGCUUGUUUCCCUCCGUUUCAGACACUCACAGCGGCAGUCUCGUAUCCACACAUUCACAUACCUAUAAAUGGUGUCUCAUUCCGCGGUGGAGUGAACAUCCCGCGGUGCGCUGUAAUGGAACUUCCAGGUGGUCUCUGAUUGGCUUGAAUCGCCGCACGGCCCUGUGAGAUGGUUGAGAGGUUUCUUGUUGGCAUCUCAUUGGGGGUCGAUACUCAGUCUUUUUUGUUUUUAUUUUUCCAUGAGGAAAGCAGUUUGUCAGAAAAGGUUAAAGCGACAGUGUGUAGGAUUUUGUCAUCUAGUGUUGAGGUUGCAGAUUGCAUUAUGUCAUUGUCCAUCACGAUUUUGUUUUCCGUUGGAUUUGGUGCAGCCGCUCUGCUCUGUGUCAGCCUGAUCCCAUCAGAUCUCAGAAGCUAAUCAUUCGAGACCUGGUUAGUACUAUGAAAUUUUCUUUGGCGCAACUAUAAUUUUACUUAUUAGCUUUUAGAAUAGGGGAUUCAUAAUAUGACAUUGCCAAUACAAUCAAAAUUUGUGGUGUCUAGAAAAAUGAAUAAAUAGUUCUCCUGAAAGAGAAAAAUUCAGACAGCCUUGAACUAUUUUCGGUAGCAACCCAUACGGUCUGGUAGUCAUAGAUCACUAGAGGGCUUCCCCUUGCGCGAGGGAUGCUGGGAAGCACAUGGCGACAGCCAGUCAGAGUAGAGAGGCACAGUGACAUCUGCUGGCUGCUUGCUGGAACAAAAUGAUCCAACAGGGCGGAAAAUACUCCAAAACAAGUUAUUUCUGUGUAAAUCUUUUUCUCGUAUUUUGUAAAUGUUUGCGAGAAAUAAACACCUAAAUCUAAAAAAAAAAAAAAAAUGCUGCUUUUGUAACUAGAUAACUUUGAUUUACAAAACAUCUUA